AGUUAUUUGUCAAAUUCUAUUGUCAUCGUAUGUCAAAUUGACGUGAAAAUAUUCGCUGGCGAAAGUAUUUGGAAAAUAAUAAGGAAAAUUAUAUCCGUAAACCACUGAUAAAACACCAUUAUUCAAAAUGUUUCAAUUUGGAUUUAAUAUGUUUCCCGAAAUUCCUAGACCCUUUAAUACGGCAUAUCAUUGCUUUUCGGUGUCAAUGUUACCAGGUAACGAUCGUCAGGAUGUUGAACGUGGUGGCAAAAUCAUAAUGCCUCCAUCUGCGUUGGAUCAACUUACACGUCUCAAUAUUAAUUAUCCAAUGUUGUUCAAACUUACAAAUAAAAACACAGGACGUAUUACACAUUGUGGUGUCCUAGAGUUUGUUGCCGAUGAAGGCAAAGUUUAUCUUCCAUAUUGGAUGAUGCACAAUUUGUUACUCGAGGAAGGUGAUCUGUUACAAAUUGAAAGUGUUUCAUUACCAGUAGCUACAUUUUCAAGAUUUCAACCACAAACUCCAGAUUUUCUAGAAAUAACAAAUCCAAAAGCUGUACUUGAAAAUGCAUUACGAAGUUUUGCAUGUUUAACAACUGGAGAUUUAAUAGCCAUUAAAUAUAACCAACGUAUUUAUGAAAUGUGUGUAUUGGAGACAAAACCAGGAAACGCUGUUACGAUUAUAGAAUGUGAUAUGAAUGUCGAAUUUGCUACACCAGUUGGAUAUAAAGAACCAUCACCUAAAACUAAAGUAGAUGAAGAAAUGUCAGUAGAUCCAGCUGAUAUGAUGCCAGAGCCUGCGGGUUUUGUUGCAUUCAAAGGCGCGGGUAAUCGUUUAGAUGGUAAGAAACGUAAAGAUUCCACAUCAACGGAAUUAGUACAACCAAAAGCAUCGUACGUACGAGGUAUACCUGAUUAUGAUUAUCGUAUUGGUACACUUAAAUUUAUACGCACCAUCAAACCAGAGAAAAAAGUCAAGAAAGACAUCGAUGAUGAUUUUCAAGCAUUUCAAGGUGCUGGAUUUAGUCUACGCAGCAGAAAAUGAAAUUUUUAUUUUAUUUGCUAAAUUGCUGUUUUUUUGAAAACA